AGCCAUUGUUCAUUCGUCCUCUAUCAUUUCUCGAGUCUCCUUUGCGCCUUAAUACCCUUCGUUCUUCUCACAUUUCGUCCAUAUAUAAUAUUUCCGUCCUCAUUUCAUUCAAUUCCGUCGUAUCAACCCGUCACUACAAUCAAGAUGUUGUUCAAGUCCGUCGCCAUCUUCGCCGCCGUGGCCGUCGUCGCCAGCGCCCAGGGCAACUGUCCUCAGAACGCUGAGGCAUCUUCCUUCUUCCGAUCAUGCGGCGACAAGCAAAAUGACCUCGCCAAUUGCAACGGAGACGACGUCCCUUGCACCUGCUCCGUCUACGGUGCUCAGUCUGACUGCUACCAAGACUACAUCACCUCCUACUGCAGCCAGUGGCAGUACCCCGGAAACGACUACCUCUCCGGAAACUGCGGUGCCAACUCCCCGGUGACCAAGUCGUCCUCCUCUUCCCCCGCCUCCGCCACCGCUGGCACCACUACCACCGACGCUAAGCCCUCCGCCACCGGUGCGUCCUCAUCUUCCUCCUCCAGCAACGGUACCACCUCCAAGGCCAGCACCGCCUCUGGUUCAUCUAGCUCUGAGGAGGCCGCUGAGACUAGCACUUCCACUAACUCUGCCCCAGCUCAGCAAACCGGUGCUGCCGGUAGCUUCAAGGUCGAGGGGGCCAUGGCUGCUGUUGCCGGUGCCGCCGCUGGCUUCGCCAUCUUGCUAUAAGUGGUCGGUUAAGGGGCUUGCCCGGGAGUUCCGACAUGAACAACCUGGGUGGUCGAGGACAAGUUGCGGGAUCCUCUAGGAGCAGAACUAAAAUGGCUAAUUGGGACCCAUCCGCGUGCCAUGUGUGAGAUAAGGAAGAUUCCAUGUGGCCCAAUACCGUGUAAUUGCUGGAGAUUUGCUUUCAGAUUUGCUUUAGAUCAUAGAGACGCGCAUAAUACCACUGCAAAGCUCGGGAGUUUCUUCAACAUCAUUGUUCAGGAGCCAGAGCCUGCACCAGUGCAAAUACAGAAGCUUGGUUUCCUUAUG